UUGGAGAGCGACCUCAACCCAAGCGUCUCACUAGGGAAGCAAUGCGAAAUUACCUGAAGGAGCGAGGUGAUCAAACAGUGCUAAUACUGCAUGCGAAAGUUGCGCAGAAAUCAUAUGGAAAUGAAAAAAGGUUCUUUUGUCCUCCUCCAUGUGUAUAUCUCAUGGGUAGUGGAUGGAAGAAAAAAAAAGAGCAGAUGGAAAGAGAUGGUUGCACUGAGCAAGAAUCCCAACCUUGCGCCUUCAUUGGAAUAGGAAACAGUGACCAAGAAAUGCAGCAGCUGAACUUGGAAGGAAAGAACUAUUGCACAGCCAAAACGUUGUACAUAUCUGACUCAGACAAGAGAAAGCACUUCAUGUUAUCAGUAAAAAUGUUUUAUGGCAAUAGUGACGACAUUGGUGUGUUCCUCAGUAAACGGAUCAAAGUCAUCUCCAAACCUUCUAAAAAGAAACAGUCACUGAAAAAUGCAGACUUAUGUAUUGCAUCAGGGACAAAAGUGGCACUAUUUAAUAGACUUCGAUCCCAAACAGUUAGCACCAGAUAUUUGCACGUAGAAGGCGGUAAUUUCCAUGCCAGUUCACAACAGUGGGGAGCAUUUUACAUUCACCUCUUGGAUGAUGAUGAAUCAGAAGGAGAAGAGUUCACAGUGAGAGAUGGCUACAUUCAUUACGGGCAGACUGUCAAACUUGUAUGCUCAGUUACUGGCAUGGCACUCCCAAGACUGAUAAUUCGAAAAGUGGAUAAACAGACAGCGUUAUUAGACGCAGAUGAUCCAGUAUCACAGCUCCAUAAAUGUGCAUUCUACCUUAAAGACACUGAGAGAAUGUAUUUGUGCCUUUCCCAGGAGAGAAUAAUCCAAUUUCAAGCCACUCCAUGCCCAAAAGAACCAAAUAAAGAAAUGAUUAAUGAUGGAGCUUCUUGGACAAUCAUUAGCACAGAUAAAGCAGAAUACACGUUUUAUGAGGGGAUGGGACCCGUCCAUGCUCCAGUAACACCUGUGCCUGUUGUAGAAAGUCUUCAAUUGAACGGUGGCGGGGAUGUAGCAAUGCUUGAACUCACGGGACAGAACUUCACUCCAAAUUUACGCGUCUGGUUUGGGGAUGUGGAAGCAGAAACCAUGUACAGGUGUGCCGAGAGCAUGCUCUGUGUCGUUCCCGAUAUUUCUGCCUUUCGAGAGGGCUGGAGGUGGGUCCGCCAGCCCGUGCAGGUCCCAGUAACUUUGGUCCGUAACGACGGCAUCAUUUACUCCACCAGCCUUACCUUCACAUACACCCCAGAACCGGGGCCACGGCCCCACUGCAGUGCUGCUGGAGCAAUCCUCAGAGCCAACUCGAGCCUCAUGGCCUCUAGCGAAACAAACACAAACAGCGAGGGAGGUUACACAAACGUCAGUACAAACCCCACCAGCGUCACAUCGUCUACAGCAACUGUAGUUUCCUAACUACCGGUGUUCGCUUGGACUCUCAACUGACUUUUUAAGUGCUACGUUCAAGAGAACAAUUUUUGUGGUUUCGUGGGAAAACACCUUUCCGUUUUAGGUGAUAUUAUUUGAUACCUGACUUGUUACCUGCAAGUGCUGAUCUUAAAUAUAGAAGCCACAAUAAAAAAAAAAAAAAAUACAUCUGAAACAUAAGGACUUUAUUGAAAAUCUAUUUUUCAGCUGUUUUUUUUUAAAUGGGCAAGAAAUAAAAAUGUGGCUGGGAUACAUGUUGAGCAAACUAGAAAACAUGAACACAGCAUAGUUUUUAUGGACCAAGGAACUUGUAUAAGCUUUAGUAUAAAAGGUACAUUUUCACCAUACCUUUUUUGUAUCACAACAUAUAGUACACUUUUGUUACCAAAUAGUUUAUAUUUUUUUUUCCUCCGAGCUCUUGCUCUGAAGUAUAUUCAGGUUCCAAGCCUGACCAUGCUUGUAUAAUCUAAUUACCAUACUCUUCCAGUUUAAAAAAAAAUAUAUAUAUUUUUGGUCUGUGGCUGGAACUGUUCCUUUUUUUAAACUGAAGUCUUGUGACUUUUUAUGAACUGAAAUUGUUUUUAUUUCAGCAAGUAGAACCUUGUAAAGGCCAGCAUAUUUUUUUUAAGAUUAUAUGAAGUCUGUGCAAAAGCUUUAAAAAAUGCCUCUGCCUUGCCUGCAAUACAUGCAAUGUAUGUUAACUUUAGUGCUCUGUUUUCAGUCAUUGUUAAUAGUUAUUUCUGUUUUCCUUUUUUUAAUAUGUAUUUAUAGUGAUAAUUCAUGAGGUUCUAACAUGACAUGAGGUUUUUUAAAGUGGCAUCUCAAGCAGCCUUGAUGAUUGUUCGUGUCACAGGCAAACAUUGGUGUUUUUGAAGGGUUGUUACUGGGUUUCUCCCCCUCUUCCCUGCUCAGUCAUAUUGCAUCAGAAAAUGUUCCAGGAUCUGUUCAGGUUUUCUAAUCUUGUACAUAAUUUGUAUUGAGUGUAAGUUAAAUGUUUUAUUUCGGAAGUGGACUGUUCCCAAUAACUUCAUUUGGCAGCAUGUCUUCUGUCUUGUUGGCAUGUGAUUAAAAUAUCAUGAGAAGUAUGUGCUACAAAUGGGAUUGGUAGGUGAUGCCCUUCAUCACUGCGAAUCACAAAAAGCAUGUUGUCCUUCAUCCUGUUGAGUAAAUUAGGCCAGACUUUGGUGUAAGACUUGUAUUGAGAAAGUGCUUUCGUUGUGAAGUGGUCAUACCCAUAAUACCUAGAAGUAAAUUAUAUUACUUAGCAAUGGGCAAAUAGAAAACUGUAAAAGCACUAUCAAGAUGUCAGCUCCUCCUCCCAUCCUUGUUUCCUGUGGGUUUCUCUUUCCCUGCCAACAGCUUGUGCAAUGUUCAAGUCUUCUCUCCAUCAUAAAUUUAAGGCUCAUUUGCACUUUGACUUUGUUGGUUGUUGUGUUUGUUUUUCACUUUGACCUUGCCAUGUUUUAGCCCUCUGCCUGCUUCAUCACGUCUUUGAAAAUAGAUCCCGGUAGUGCAUCCGUAGUGACAGAACUAGCCAUAGACUCCCAGGACAAGUUCUGAUAGUGUCAUCUUCCACCCUAGAAGCCAAAAUACGAAUUUCAUUAC